UUUCAAAAAUUUAAGAACCAGUAUACAUAACACUCCCUGCUGAGUAGUUUCAUUAAUUUUAAUUACUUAAAAUGUUGAGAUUUUCAGUACUACUUAUACUUAAUAUCUCGUUUUUUAUUCUUGUAAUGUUAAAAUAUACUGUACUCACAUAUAAUUUAGAUGUUAAUAAUGUUAAAAUAUUCAAUAUUCCAAAAAGUUCUAAUCACAAACGUGGAAGUUAUUUUGGAUUCUCUACCGCAUUUUACACACAAGGAAAAGAUUCUGUUUUACUUGUUGGUGCGCCUAGAGCAAAUGUAAGUGCAAUGCAGAAUGUAUAUGAACCGGGAACUGUAUACCACUGUCCAAUUAAUGGUGUAUGCACAGAAUGGAAUAUUGAUAUACCUGAAACAUUUGAUGGUAAUAUUAAACAAAUUAAAAACAGUAUGUGGAAUGGUGCAACAAUUGCUGUUGAAAAUAAAAUUGAUCCUAAAAUUGUGGUUUGUGGUCCACGUUUGACAUUUGAUUCGAACCAAUCAAAGUACAGGAGCAUUCCAGGAAUUUGUUACUUGAUAAGGGUUCAAAACAUUACAACUUUUAAUGUAGAAUUUGAACAGGAGAUACGUACUUUUAUCAAAAGCCAAUUAAUGAAACAAUUAAGAGAAAACAUUCAUGAUAUAGGAAAAAGAGAAGUUGGAUUUUCUUUACAUAUGAUCUACAAAUAUAAAUUACAAACAUCACUGCUAUUAGGUUGCCCUGGAGCAUUUGAAGAGAAAGGUCAUUUCGUUUUAGUCACAGAUUCAUUUAACACAUUUCAAGUUAUACAUCCUAGUGAAGAUGCAUCGGAUAAUUAUUUUGGCUACGCAGUAACAGCUGGUUAUUACUUUAAAAAAGGAGAAUUGUGGUAUGCUUCUAGUGGUCCAAGAGCUGCUAGCAUGAUUGGACAAGUUAGUUUAGUCAAUCAUCGCUAUAUAAAUAGCAUUAAUUAUCGUAAUGAAGAAAACAAAAGAACUGUAAAUGGAGAACAGCAUGGUGAAUAUUUCGGAGCCACCUUAUCAUCCUGUGAUCUUAAUAGUGAUGGUAAAGAUGAACUAAUAGUUGGAGCACCACUGUGGACAAAAGACAUAGACGAAGGUCGCAUAUAUAUUUUUACCACUUCCCAUAACGGCAUGUUUGAGAAACAAACAUUUGAAGGGCAGAGAUCUGGAAGUAGAUUUGGUUCUGCUAUAACUUGUCUUGGUGAUAUUGAUUAUGAUGGCUAUGCUGAUUUUGCUGUUGGUGCACCAUAUGAAGAUCGAACGGGUGCAAUAUAUAUAUUUAAUGGCAACAGUAAUGGAUUAUAUAAACGCUACAGUCAAAAAAUAUUUGGAAAGCAGUUUGACGAAAACAUUCGUGGAUUUGGAAUUUCAAUUUCGGAACCACGGGAUAUAAAUGCUGAUAAAUAUCCUGAUAUUGCUAUAGGAGCUUAUUUAUCAGAACAAACAGUUGUAGUAACAUCUAAACCAGUUGUAAUGAUAACAACAGAACUAAUUUAUACUGGAAAGGAAAAGUUAUUACAAAAUUCUACAAACUUUUUUAUUCAAGGAUGUACGUUUUAUGGUGGAAUGAACCCCCCUGAACAUUUGGGUAAGUAUGUGAUGAAAGUAUCAAUAAAUAAUCACAUAAACAAAAAUAAUCAUAUCUCAAUAACAAAUUUAACAAAUCUAUUUUACUUAGAAAUUGUUACAUUUCUAACCAUUGAUCAAAUGCAUGGAAGAGCAUUUUAUGGUGUAGAAAGAAAUAAUUACAUUUAUAAAGAAUACGAAUUAAACAAAAAUGAAACUUCAUGUAAAGAAUAUAAAAUUCAUUUAAAGAAAAAUAUUCAAAAUAUAAUAGAUCCAUUAGAAAUAUCUGUAUCAAUUACCUUAAACGAAAAUUUGCAAUCUAAGAAUGCACAACUGAACAAAACAAAUUCAAAUAUUUUUUGUAAAUCCUGUGCAAGUAUAAAUAAAAUACAGUCUAAAACUGAAGAUUCAAUAAAGCUGCCAUUUGCUGUGGAUUGUGGAGAAGAUAAUAUCUGCACAUCAGAUGUUAGAAUAACGUUAUCUACAGAUUUACCGCUUGGAAAUAGAUACACAAUAGGAUCUAAGUCUGUUAUUAAGUUUAUAAUAAAUAUCCACAAUUAUGGCGAACCAGCAUAUCAAACUAAAAUAUAUGUAUAUAUCCCAGAAUCAAUACCUUUAGAAAGUAUACCGCCUUCAUGUAUUGAAAGUUCUCACAGAAAUAAUACUUCAGAACUAAUUUGUGAUAUUGAGAAUCCAUUAAAAAAAAAUGAAACACUAAUUUUAUUUUUGGAUACGACUAAGAUUCUAUAUGAUAUUAAUCAAAUAGAGUUAAUAACAAAUUUUACCAUGCAAAGUGAACAAAAAUAUCCAUCAAAUAAUACAUACUCCUUAAUUAUAUACUUUGAUACUGAUAUUAAUAUAGAAAUAACUGGGAAAGCACAAGAUGUUUUAUAUUCAUAUUUUGAUAAUGAAGAACAGCAAUUAAGUAGUAUUCAAUUUGAACACUUUUACGAAGUUCAAAAAUCUGGAGUUAGCCCAAUUGAAAAAGUUAUCCUAACAGUUAGUAUUCCAACAUAUUGGAAGCACUCUACUGGAAAUAUACAUAUUAUUAAUCUCAACAAGACAAGUGGUUAUAUGAAUGGGCAACAAUUUUAUUGUAUAUAUUCAAAUUUUACAAAUUCUAAAUUUAGUAUGGAAGAAGAAUUUAAACCAGAGACCAAUUUUUCGAUAAGUUUACCGCCCAUGAAUAGAUCAUUAUAUCUCAAUUGUUCAAAUACUAAUAUACAAUGUACACAUCUUAAAUGCGCACUGGGCCCCUUCACAGAUUUCUUAUCUGCUAAACUUUCUCUUACAUUGGAUCUUUAUUUACAAAAUUUUAUAUCAACUAUGUCAGAAAGAAAAGAUAUAAUAUUUUUUGUAUCCAAUGGAAGCGCAAAUAUUGGACAAACAUAUAUUACUCAGAAAUAUGAGGAAAAACCUAAUAGCGCUAUUGUUGCCACAAUGUUUUUAGGUUCACCAAUAACUGAACAACUUGCCAGUUGGUUAAUAAUUUUGUCGAUUACUUUAGGCAUUGUAUUGCUUGCAUUUUUACUUUUAGGAUUGAUUACACUUGGAUUCUUUAAAAGAAAAAAAAGAGAAGAACUUAAAAUAUUGACAUCUAAAAUAAAUAAUAAAGACAUUACCUUAAAUACAAAUUUAAAAAGUGAAGAUUUUGACCAAGAAUAAAUUUAUCAAUGAAAGAAAUGUUUAUGUAGGUACAUAUACUUUAUUUUCUAUAUAUUAUGUAAACAGAAUAAAUAACAAAAUGUUCUGCAUAUAAUUCUAAGGCCACUAAUAUUUUUAUAAAAAUAUAAUAAAUCUUAGAAAACAACAAUCAAAUUAUAAACUUCUAGUUGUUCAUAAAGCUUGAAAUAUGUACACAUAAAUAUUUUGUUUUAUUUUGUUUAUAAUUUCUGCUAUAACAUUCUAUAAAAGCACUUUCGGCGGAGAAUUAUCUUAAAUAAAUAAUUUAUAUACAAAAUAUCGUUUCGUUUAAUACAAGAUUAAAGCAACUUGUACUAUUCUUUUUUAUUACAUUAAAAAUGUUGUACGCGUGUAAUAAACUAGCUGCUUUUGUAUCAAUUGUUCAUAACAUAGUCAGAAAAUGUGCAUGUCAUGUUUAUAGUUUUUUAGCUUAUUCAUGAACUGAAGAAUGCAGCGCAUUUUACGUUUUAAAUCAAUGAAAAUAGCGAAAAAUUCUCAUUCUACAUAUAUGUACACAUACAUAUUACAUAUAUGUAUAUAUACUUUUAUGUGACUUUUUAUUUCAACUUACAUUAAUCGUCCAAACCUAGGCCUUUUGAUAUUUCAUCUGCAGUUAAUUUCUGCCCAGAAGAAGGAGGGUUGUCGGAAGAUGGAGCAGGUUGUGAAGAAGGUUGUGUACUUGGUACAUAAGAUGGUGGAGGAGCUGAAUGGUCUUCCUCAUGAGAUUUCUGCAUGAGAACAAACAUUGUACAAUUUAAUUACAAAAUUCUUGUAAACUUAUAAAUUCUAAAAUAAUUUAUACUUACACCUUUGCCACGUUUGCUGAGACCAUCUAGAGCAGAGUUAAACAAAGAAGAACCGAUUGCAGAACCUAUUCCUGAUAAAAGAUCCGAACCUGAACUUGGUUGUUGAUUACUAUAUCCACCAGAAGGCUGAUAAUUUCCAUAACCCCCUUGAGGUUGAUAAUUUCCAUAACCCCCUUGAGGUUGAUACGGUGGUUGUUGAUUUCCUCCACCACCACCAAGAACACCACCAAGAAUGGAUCCUAGGGCUCCUGAUAGUGGGUCACUUGGUUGACUUGGUGGUGGUUGAGCUG